GGGAGCGGGAAGGCCAUGUAUGAGAUGAGACAUAUCCCCAUUCACCAUCACGUCCACUGAAUUCAUUACAUCCACUACGACACUUACUCAGUUCACUUCCUCCUUCUGCCUAGUUUUCCAAGCCUGUACAUGCACAACAAUCGCAAGCAUGUAUGCAGCCCUUUACCUAGCCGUCUUCACGGCCAUUUUCCACUACACCGUCGUGCUGGCCAUCGACUACCACCGUACCCGCAAGAUUGUAAAAGCCCACAAUUGCUCCUCCCCCAAGACUGAACGCCCCUGGGACAUCCUGGGUCUCAUCAAAAUCUACUCCUCGACCAAACACCUGCUCAACGAAACCGCGCUAAGCAACGUAUCAGCCCUCUUCGAACGCUACGGCGACACCUACGCCUCCCGCAUCCUCACCCAGCGGGUGUACUUCACCUGCGACCCACGAAACAUUAGGCAUACCCUGAUCAAUAGGUUCAACGACUUUGACGCCUCGGAUGUGCGCGCCCAUCUCUUCGCCCCGAUUACCCCCCACGGCAUCUUUGCUGUGGACGGGGGCAAGUGGAAAGAGGCCAGAAGUUUGUAUGCGGACAUCUUCUCUUCCACUAAGAAAAUCUUUGAUCUGCAGCUGCAGGAGGAUGGAUUCCAGGGCUUCAUUAAGCAGAUUCCGCGGGGCCAGGCAGUGGACCUGGCGCCGCUGUUUCUGAAGCUGGUGCUGGACGUCAACAGUGCUUUUGCGAUGGGAACUGGGCUUGAAACGCUCAAACAGGAUCAACCACCGGAGAAGAAAGAAGUGGCCGAGGGGCUAAUGUACGCAAAGAAGAUUAUGGCACGGGACGGGUUUCUGGGCCCGUUGCAUUAUCUCCUAAGUCGCAAGGACUUUUACGCGGCUUGCGAGACUGUCAAGAAGUAUGUGGAGAAGGCUGUGAGGAAGGAACUGGCGGCGAGGGAACAUCGAAAGCAGUCCAAUGCAGCCACGGUGGAUGACGAGCGUCAGGAGCAAACACAGAGUCUGAUGUCGCGGAUCCUGGACCAUACCAACGACGUCCCUGCCAUCCGUGACGCAGUUGUCACAAUCCUGAUUGCGGGAACAGACUCGGUGUCUAGUUUGUUGUCCACCACGUUCUUUCUCCUCGCACGCCAUGAGCGCGUGUAUGCGAAGCUGCGCCGGGAAAUCCUGGACACGAUAGGCACCGAGCCGCCGACAUACGACACCAUCAGGAAGCCCACCUAUCUCCGCUAUGUCUUCAACGAAGCAAUGCGCGUCUACCCGCCAGUCCCCUUCAACGCCCGCACCGCCAACCGGGACACAUAUCUGCCAGCGGGUGGAGGUCCAGACGGGAAAUCCGGUGUGCUCAUCCGCAAGGGCCAGCGGGUCAUCUUUGCAUCGUGGGGUAGCCACCGCAGCACGCGCUCAUUUGGAGAUGACGCGCUCGAGUUCCGGCCGGAGCGAUGGGAGGGGCUGAAGAGUGAGUCGUUGGGGUACAUCCCCUUUAGCGCGGGCCCGAGGGUGUGUCUAGGCCAGCAAUACGCGCUGCUCGAGGCGUCGUACGCGACGAUCCGGAUUAUUCAGACCUUUGAGCAGCUCGAGAACAGGGAUGUGCGCCCGUGGACGGAGAAGAUUGGCUUGAACUUGUCGAACAAGAAUGGGGUGCUUGUGGAGUUGGUGCCCUGAAGACGUGGAACACGGCGUAAGCGUAUGUAGUGAGACGACUGAGGGCAGUUAGAAGUCAUAUAGGUUGCGAAUUAGGCAGAACCCACAUAACAUGACUCGACGACUACUUGAAGGACUG